AUGAAGGCCACUGUGGUCAUGCUGUCUUUAUAUUUUGGAAUGUUUUAUCUAGAAAAGUAUGAAAAAGUCCAUCAUUUUGGGGAGGAGGAUGAGGAGGUACAACCAGGCAAUCCAAAGCCACAACUUCCCAUUGGUGCAAUCCCAACUUCCUAUAACUACCAGCAACACAGUGUGUCAGAUUACCUUCGUCAAAGCUAUGGGCUGUCUAUGGACUUUAACUCACCAAAUGAUUAUAAUAAAUUGGUGCUUUCACUGUUAUCUGGACUCCCAAAUGAAGUGGAUUUUGCAAUUAAUGUAUGUACUCUUCUUUCAAAUGAAAGCAAGCAUGUCAUGCAGCUUGAAAAGGACCCUAAAAUCAUCACGUUACUGCUUGCUAAUGCUGGGGUAUUUGAUGACACUUUAGGAUCGUUUUCUGCUGUAUUUGGAGAAGAAUGGAAGGAGAAAACUGAUAGAGAUUUUGUUAAGGGAUCUUUCCUGCUUAGGCAGGAAACAAAUGUUGAAUGGACUGAGAGCAAUCAAGCCAGUCUGCUUAAAUCCAAAAAAGGUGAUUUAGGACCCUCUUCCCGUGUAAAGAGAAGGAAUAGAGGCUGCAAUCUCACUCUGAACUUAAGAUGUCUCAACACCUUUACUCAGUUUUGGAGGGAUAUUGUUGAGGAUAUUGAAGUACGUGACCUAAUUUCUGACAGAAGCAAAUCUCAAGAUAUUCCAUCAGAAGAUUGGAUUUGGGAAUCCUUAUUUCAUCCACCUCGCAAACUGGGCAUUAAUGAUAUCGAAGGGCAGCGGGUACUGCAGAUUGCAGUGAUUUUACGUAAUCUUUCUUUUGAAGAGGGAAAUGUUAAACUUCUGGCAGCUAAUCGUACUUGUCUUCGGUUCCUGCUACUCUCUGCUCACAGUCAUUUUAUUUCUCUGCGGCAGUUGGGGCUUGACACGCUGGGAAAUAUUGCAGCAGAGCUUCUCUUGGAUCCUGUUGAUUUCAAAACUACUCAUCUAAUGUUUCACACUGUUACAAAAUGCCUCAUGUCAAGGGAUAGAUUUUUAAAAAUGAGAGGCAUGGAAAUCUUGGCGAAUCUUUGUAAGGCUGAAGAUAAUGGUGUCUUAAUCUGUGAAUAUGUGGAUCAAGAGUCGUACAAGGAGAUCAUAUGUCAUCUCACACUACCAGAUGUGCUGCUUGUAAUCUCAGCACUUGAGGUGCUAUACAUGCUCACAGAAAUGGGAGAAGUAGCCUGCACAAAGAUUUCUAAAGUAGAGAAGAGCAUAGAUACGUUAGUGUGUCUGGUUUCUAUGGACAUCCAAAUGUUUGGGCCUGAUGCACUCACUGCUGUUAAACUCAUUGAACAUCAGUGUGUUAGCCAGCAAGGAGUACCUGAUGUCAGACCACCUAUGAUGGAUCAUGGUUCUUCACAGGCACAUGCAACAGGUAUCGCAGCCUCUAGAACAGCACCACAUGUUGCUCCACCACCAGGAAUAGUAGAAAUAGACAGUGAGAAAUUUGCAUGUCAGUGGUUGAAUGCCCAUUUUGAAGUGAAUCUUGAUUGCUCAAUCUCUCGAGCAGAAAUGUACUCUGAAUACCUCUCUACAUGUAGUAAAUUAGCUCGAGGUGGAAUCCUAACAUCAACUGGAUUUUAUAAAUGUCUGCGAACUGUCUUUCCAAAUCAUACAGUGAAGAGAGUAGAAGAUCCAAUUAACAAUGGUCAAGCACAUAUACAUGUGGUAGGAGUGAAGAGGAGAGCUAUACCACUUCCCAUUCAGAUGUACUAUCAGCAGCAACCAGCUUCGUCUACCCCAAUUGUUCGGGUUGAUUCAAUUCCUGACAUGUCUUCGUCUCCUUCGCCAGCAGGACUCCCACAUGGGCCACAAAGCGUAGGAAAUCAUUAUCAAAGGACCCCUAUUAACCAGUCUUCAACUUUGACAGCAACACAGAUGUCUUUUCCAAUUCAAGGUGUUCAUACUGUGGCACAGACUGUUUCUAGAAUUCCACAAAAUACUGUUCAUGCGCAGCAGCAAAAUGCUCCAAUGACUGUUAUACAGAAUAAAGGUCCAAUACCUGGUGAAGUUGUGAAGGCCACAGUAAUACAGAGCUCUGUUCCCCAGUCUGGCGUUCCUGUUACUAUUGCUGUAGGAGGAGCACCACAAGCUUCAAAUCAAAAUCACAGCAGUACAGGACCACAGCCGUCCGUUACUGUUGUUGGUUCUCAGACGUUGCUUCACCACCAACCUGUAAUUCAACAGCAGUCUCCACUGCAUGCAGUGGUACCAGGACAGAUACCUUCAGGCACUCCUGUUACAGUAAUUCAGCAAGCUGUACCUCAGGGUCAUAUAUUUGGCAGAGUACAAAACAUACCAGCAUGCAGUUCAGCAGUUUCACAGGGUCAACAGUUGAUCAGCACAUCAUCGCAACCUGGGCAGUCACCAUCUCAGCAGUCCUCUACUGCUAACCAGCAACAAGAUACAGUCAUCAUAGCACCACAGCAGUAUGUCACAACCUCUGCAUCUAACAUUGUUUCUGCCACCACUGUUCAGAAUUUCCAAGUAGCACCUGGGCAGGUGGUUGCAAUUGCAGGCGUCCAAAACCCACCAACUUCUAGGGUAGGCUUUCAGAACAUUGCACCAAAGCCUCUGCCGUCUCAGCAAGUUCCACCUAAUGUACAGCAGCCGAUGCAGUCACAGCAGCAACCACCACAACCAGCAUCCCAGCAAAGUGUAGUGAUUGUCAGCCAGCCAGCUCAGCAAGGUCAAACGUAUGCACCAGCCAUUCACCAAAUAGUGCUUGCUAAUCCAGCUUCUAUUCCUCCUGGUCAGACUGUUCAGUUGACUGGACAGCCAAACAUUACUCCAUCUUCUUCACCAUCUCCAGGUCCGGUUACAAACAAUCAAGUCCCUACAGUUAUGUCAUCUUCAUCUACCCCUUCUCAGUCACAAGGACCCCCUCCUACUGUCAGCCAGAUGCUUUCUGUAAAGAGACAGCAGCAGCAGCAACAGCAGCAGCAACAUUCACCAGCAUCUUCGCAGCAACAGGUACAACCACCGAUGCAAAUGCAAGUUCAGUCCCCGCAAGCUAAUACAGGAGUUGGCCAGCCUAACUCUGGUGAAUCUAGUCUGAUAAAGCAACUACUUCUUCCAAAAAGAGGCCCCUCAACUCCAGGGGGGAAGCUUAUACUCCCAGCUCCACAGAUUCCUCCACCUAACAAUGCAAGAGCUCCUAGCCCUCAGGUGGUUUAUCAGAUGGCCAAUAACCAAACGCCAGGUUUUGGAGUACAAGGGCAGUCUUCAGCUCAGCAGCUGCUAGUUGGACAACAGCUGGUCCAGGGUGCAGUCCAGCCCCAAGGGGCAGUACAAACAGUGCCCAUUUCUAACUUACAGAUAUUGCCAGGUCAGUUGAUCUCAAACAGCCCAGCAACUAUUUUCCAAGGGACUACUGGCAACCAGGUUACUAUAACAGUUGUGCCAAAUACGAGUUUUGCUACUGCAACUGUGAGUCAGGGAAAUGCAACUCAAAUCAUUGCUCCAGCUGGAAUUGCAGUGAGUGGGGCUCAGACAGGAGUUGGGCUGCAGAUGCAAACACUUCCAGCUACUCAAGCACCUUCAGCUGGACAAUCACCGUGUACUGCUGCUCCCCCAUUCAAAGGUGAUAAAAUAAUUUGCCAAAAGGAGGAAGAAGCAAAGGAAGCAACAGGUUUACACAUUCAUGAACGUAAGAUUGAAGUUAUGGAGAAUCCUUCCUGCCGAAGAGGAGCUGCAAACACCAGCAAUGGGGAUGCAAAAGAAAAUGAAAUGCAGGUGGGAAGUCUUUUAAAUGGGAGAAAGUAUAGUGACUCCAGUCUACCUCCUUCUAACUCAGGGAAAACACAGAAUGAGGCCAAUCAGUGCUCACAAGUCAGUAAUGGGCCAUCAUUAGAAAUGGGUGAGAACGGAGCUCCUGGAAAGCAGAACUUUGAACAAAUGGACACACAGGAAAUUAAAAGUGAUUUGAAGAAGCCCCUAGUUAAUGGAAUCUGUGAUUUUGAUAAAGGCGAUGGUUCUCAUUUGAGCAAAAACAUUCCAAAUCACAAAACUUCCAAUCAUGUAGGAAAUGGUGAGAUAUCUUCAGUGGAACAACAAGGGAAUUUGGAUGCCACGCAGCAAGAUACUGCCAAAGGUGAUCAAGGGGAGAGAAUUUCUAAUGGGCCUGUAUUAACUUUGAGUAGUUCACCUGUUGUAAGCGGUACACAGGAGGCUGCAAAACUGUUAACCCAGCAACUUAGUGGUACCAACACUGAUUUACCUAAUGGACCUCUAGCUUCAAGUUUGAAUUCAGAUGUGCCUCAGCAACGCCCAAGUGUAGUUGUCUCACCACAAUCUACAGCCUCUGUUAUACAGGGGCAUCAAAUCAUAGCAGUUCCACACUCAGGACCUAGAGUGUCCCAGUCUACCCUGUCAUCCGAAGUUCGGUCUACUAAUGGCACAGCAGAAUGCAAAAUUGCAAAGAGGCCAGCAGAGGAUAAUGACAGGGAAACUGUUCCAGGAAUUCCAAAUAAAGUAGGAGUUAGAAUUGUUACAAUCAGUGACCCCAACAAUGCUGGUUGCAGUGCAACUAUGGUUGCUGUGCCAGCUGGAGCGGAUCCAAGCACUGUAGCGAAAGUAGCAAUAGAAAGUGCUGUUCAACAAAAGCAGCAGCAACCAACCACGUAUAUACAAAGCAUGGUCACACAGAGCACACCUGCAACGUCAAUACCAACAGUGCAAGUACAGGGCCAGCAGCUCAAUUUGCAGCCACCUUCAUACACUGCAGCAAGUCAGCAUGCAGAGCAAAUGAAGAAACCUGGACAGAACUUCAUGUGUCUGUGGCAGUCUUGUAAAAAGUGGUUUCAAACACCAUCACAGGUUUUCUAUCAUGCAGCAACUGAACAUGGAGGAAAAGAUGUCUACCCAGGGCAGUGCUUAUGGGAGGGAUGUGAACCUUUCCAGAGGCAGAGGUUUUCCUUCAUUACCCAUUUACAGGAUAAACAUUGUUCCAGAGAUGCUUUGCUUGCAGGAUUAAAGCAAGAUGAACCAGGGCAAGGAGGAAUUCAGAAGCCUUCCAAUAAGCCGCCAGUUGUAGGGAGUACAGCUGCUACUCCCAGAGCACAGAAGGCCAUUGUGAAUCAUCCAAGUGCUGCCCUAAUGGCAUUAAGGAGGGGAUCAAGAAACCUUGUCUUCAGAGAUUUUACAGAUGAAAAAGAGGGACCAAUAACUAAACACAUCCGAUUAACAGCUGCCUUAAUAUUAAAAAAUAUUGGUAAAUAUUCAGAAUGUGGUCGCAGAUUGCUAAAAAGACAUGAAAAUCAUCUAUCAGUGCUAGCCAUUAGUAAUAUGGAAGCUUCCUCCACACUUGCCAAAUGCCUUUAUGAACUUAAUUUUACUGUCCAGAGUAAAGAACAUGAAAAAGACUCAGAGAUGCUGCAGUGAGAAAGGUCCCUGUUGUACAUCGGGACAGAGGUAGUCAAACACAUUUCAAAUACUGUUACUGAAGAAAGCACCAAGUCUUAAUGGAACAGAGACCAUAGAUUGAAUUAUUUUAUCUCCUCCCAUGAUGCUGAGAGGAAGCUUUGUAUUCUGAUCACUCAACGAAUCCCUUUGUUCUGUUUAGAAAAAGGAGGGAAAAAAACUGCCAUGGGAUUUUCAACCAGCUGUCUGCAGGAUGUCUCUCAAAUCUGAUAGAUCCUGAAGGAAACUGGUGUGAUCAGAAUUCAGUACCAUCCACAUUGGAAUAAACAUGGAAUAUUGUAAAACCUACAUGAGCAGAUGAAAUAGAAGCAUUAAAUAUUUUUAUCUAUAUCCAAAAAGGAGCACAUUUUUAUAUUUACGAAACCGUUUAAGCUGGUUUGAAUAAAAAAGAAAAGUUUCAGCACACCUGUAACCCCCUGGUCUCGGAGGGUGCCACCAGUAUCUAGCUAUGGAUUGCGUGUUUUGUUUAGAAAUCAGUAGCUUGGUUUUCUUACUUGAGCCAAUAUAUUUUCACUUAUUUAUUAUCAUAAAAAAUUUACCAGUCUGAAUAGAUCCUGUAAAUACUUGUGAAUAGAACACCUUUCAUGCCACUGCAGCCACUGGAAAAAACAUUCUGUGGUGUCCUAGAAGCAUUAUAGGUAGGUUCUGAAGUUUUCUAGACUUUCCUGUCAAUUGUAAGUACUUGUGAUAUAUUCUACGCAGUGGAUGAAUGUUCUUUAAAUUUGUGUAAAUAAUUCUGCAAAGGUACCGAUGCUGUAAAGUCAAAACAGUUUUGUGGAACUGUGAUUUUUUUUUUUCUU